AGUUAUUUAUGAAAACAAACCGAUUAUGUUUAUUAUAGUGAUUCUCAAGAAGAUAAGGUCUGGUAUGUAUGUGUUUGAGAUAUAGGAGUAGCAUAUUUUGAGUUUUGUAUUUGGGCUGUUGUCGUUGGGCUAGUUUUCAGUUAAGGGGUUCCAAAACUCGGCAACUGAGCCAGCUAAUCAAGGUUUUAGUACUACUAAUAGGCAUAGUAGAAACGUCCAAUCAGGUGUGUUAAGAAAAGUUGGAACUAAAUUCUGCAAGACAGUUGCCCUCCAAAACCGAGUUUGGACGCCCCUGGUUUUGGUGGACGAUUUCGCUGAUUUAUUCUGGCAACCCUAAUAACAACCUUAAGCAUGCGCACAUUUCUUGCUGUUUGUAUCGCGUCGCAGGUGUCAACCAGGUUUAAGCGAGGAAGAGGACAUCUGGCUGGAGUUUUCCGGGCUGUACACAGCGGGCUUAGUGUCUUCCUUGGGGUGCGUUGCAUUUCUGUUGCUGCUGCUAUAAUGUUCGUGCAGGAGGAAAAGAUCUUCGCUGGCAAAGUCCUAAAGGUCCAUGUCUGUACCCUGGAAGGCACGGAGUGGCUUGAGGAGGUUACAGACGACACCACUAUAGAGAAACUCAAAGAAAAAUGCUUGAAGCAUUAUGUCCAUGGAAGUCUAGAGGACCCUAAAACCCUUACACAUCAUAAACUCAUUCAUGCUGCCACUGAGAGAAUUCUCACAGAAUCCAAAACAGUUGCUGAGGAGAAUCUCAAAGAUAACGAUUGUUUGUUGUUGAUAAAGAAAAGACCUCCACUGGCUCCACAAAAAAUGACUGACGUAUCUGCUGAAGAGAAGAAGCAUGAGAACAAAGCUCCGGAUAAGGAUGCUAUCCUUAAAGCCACAGCAAAUUUGUCAACUCGUAACACUGACCGUACAGUAACUCAGCACAACAUCAGAGAUUUUCAGACAGAACUGAGAAAAAUUCUGGUGUCACUUAUUGAGGUGGCUCAGAAGCUGCUGGCUUUGAAUCCAGAUGCUGUUGAGCUCUUCAAAAAGGCCAAUGCUAUGCUGGAUGAGGAUGAGGAGGACCGAGUGGAUGAAACAGCCCUGCAGCAGCUGACUGAGAUGGGUUUCCCUGAGAGUCGUGCUGUGAAGGCUCUGCGCUUAAACCAGUAA